AUGCUUAUGAUUAUUAUUAGUUUAAUUUUGAUAUUCUAUGUAUUAUAUCGAAUCUUUUUUCUGCCUUCGAAUAUUCAUACCCAAGGAAAGUAUGUUCUUAUAAGUGGUUGUGAUACAGGAUUUGGUCAUGAAUUAGCUAUUAAACUUGAUAAACAAGGUUUUAAUGUUCUUGCUGGUGUUUAUAUUCGUGAUAAUGUAAUCUUUCUUAAAGAUAAACUUUCAUCCAAGGCUACUGUCUUUCAUCUUGAUAUUACGAAACAAAAAGAUAUUGAUGCUGCAUUUAAAUUAGUCAAUGAAAAAACAAAAGUUCUUCACAGUCUUGUUAAUAAUGCCGGCAUUGCUGAUGGCGCUGGUUAUAUUGAUUGGACACCAACAGAAGUUAUGCAUAAAGUUAUGGAUGUUAACUUUUUUGGACAUGUUGAAAUGACAAAAAAAUUUUUACCAUUACUUAUUGCUAAACGUGAUUCACGUGUAGUAAAUAUGAGUUCUAUGUGUGGUUUUAUUAGUCUUCCAGGUUCAGCUGCUUAUUGUGCAUCGAAAUAUGCGUUAGAAUCAUUUUCUGAUUGUCUUCGUCGUGAAAUGUCUCCAUGGAAUUUACGUGUUUCUAUUAUUGAACCAGGUACAAUGCGAACAACAAUGACUGAAAAUUUGGAACAAACUUUGAAAAAUGUUUGGCUUCAAUUGCCAAUUGAUAUAAAAAAACGAUGGGGUGAACAAUCCUUCGAAGAUUUAUUUAAAUUAGUGAUGAAUAGUCCAUUUAUUAAAUAUUCUGAAAAUUCAGAAAAAGUUAUUCGAGUGCUCGAACAUGCUGUUAUAAGUACUACUCCUCGAAUUCGUUAUCGACCAGGUUGGCAAUCAAGUUUUUUCUUUUAUCCAUUAUCCAUUCUUCCUACUUGGUUAGUUGACAAAAUAUUUUCUCUUGGAUUUAAUGUUCGUCCUGAUAGUGUCAAAAAUCAAUUGUGCAGUUGA